GAAAGCAUGGCAUUCCUGGAGAGAGGCUUGCGUCUGGCUUUGUUUAUUUCCUACAUCUUGAGAUGACAGAAAUGUGUUCAUUCUGUUGAAAACACAAGUCUUGGCGGACAUCAGAUUCAUUCCGCUGAGCAAUCGUUAUGAAAUAAACACGUGAAACAUUUUUCCACAACGUACGUAGAAUUCAUCCAUCGAACUGUAUUGUUUUAAACUCGCUAAUCGAAGAUUUUUAUGAAUGAAAUGUUUGAAUUCGUGUGUGUGUGAUCUUAGAAUAAAGUGUAGCGCGAAGCCAUCGUUGAAGUUUAAGUGAAGGUACAUAAAACCGCAUUUAAAUUCAUGUUUCCUGUAUAAGACUAAACGAUUUGGCAAAACCAGAAUGGCUUCCCUUUACGAAAACAAGGCGACUGUGAUCGUUAUAGGUGCUCUUCUUCUCUAUUUCCUAUGGAUGGACAUAGCUCUCUUUUAUCUUGUAAAUACACGCACUAUAUCUCACCAUGUCCUGAGUGAGACCACCCCUGCUGUCCCCACAACUCCUGCCACUGUUCCAGAACUCUUCUCUCCUUUUGCGGGACUCUCCGUUAAACUCAUGAUGAUGGACCCUGUCAAUAAUUACAUUCAUACUCCAGCAGCUCAUAUUUUCAACGAAGUGACUCAGUUCAGUUCCAUAUUCUACUUCAUAACGCCUAACAUGGUGAGCUUCAUUGGACUCCUAUUUGCAAUUGGUGCAGGCAAGUGCAUGUGCAUGGAUGCCCGCAUCUAUCAUUGUGUAGCUAUUUUCCUCUUCCAAAUGCGUAGUUGGUUUGAUGCAUUAGAUGGCAUCGUGGCACGAAGUCGACUGGGCAUGGUGCAACACGUCUCACUCAGAAACACCAGCGGAUAUGUUGUCGAUGGUGUGGCUGAUGCUCUUGGAUUCACAGCAUUCUUAAUAGGAUGCUUCCAAUAUUUACGUACUGUUGUACCAAAGCACAAGUACUACUUACCACUUUGUACAAAUGAGUCCUAUAAAGACUGUAAAGAUGGCAGCUCAACUACUGGAGGUCCCCCCACCAACAUAGUCUCAACGACUGCAGCUCAGAGAAGAGUCUUGUAUGUUGUUGUAUGUUUUGGAGUUCAGAUGGCCAUUGGUGCUUUCUUCUGGGACCAUUACAUAAAUGCCUAUCACAAUUUACUUGAGUCAAAUGCUCCUUCACAAUCACAAACAGAUGCUCAAAAUGAAGUUUUGAAAUCAUCUAUAACGUGGAUAAUUAUGUGGUUUUGGAGGUUAUCUAAUGCUCAUAAUUUUAUCCAGUUCCUUUUAUUUUCAAUAUAUAUAAAUAAGUUAUGGGAAUUUCUGACGUGGAUACAAUAUGUUGGAUUUGCACACAUCUUAACAUUAGCUUUUUUCACAGAACUACAUCUAUCAACUGUGCGAAAUUACAUUUUGGGUUUCUCAUGAUUGCUGUGAAAAUUCAAUGUCCGUCCCACUGCUGAACAUCUUCCAUUUACUGUUAAAAAAAGCAAAACAUAAUUGAUGUACUAUUCUUUUUUCAAAUAAAAGUUUUUUUUAAAAAAAAAAGAAGAGAGAGACAAUGACGUUUAGUCGAAGCUUUGGUAUCUUUCACGUAAUUUAAAUUUUUUUAGAGAUAUUUGUCAUCGUGAUAAAUUGCAUUGUUGUAAAUAUGGAGCAAUUAUUUUCUGUUAUAGUUUAUUGUUGAAUCUUUAUUUUGUUCUUUUUUU